AGCCUUUUUGGCCCAAAACCCCUCAUCAGUGCAAUUGAUCUAUUUUGGCUUUGGUCAUGAAAAUCAUUUGCAUUUUUUGCGUUGUGGUGCUGAGUUCCAGCGACAUCGUGAAAGAUUGGGAGAAGGUGGGUUUUUCUCGCACCCACAGAGGAAGCUCACAAAACCUGGAGGUGAAUGGCAAGAGUACUGGCUGCAUGAUCGUCUCGAUGGGCAUCGAUUUGACUUGCAAAGACCGUGCUGAGUCCAGUGAAGUGCCAAGCAAUGCGUUUCAUGCCUUGGUGAAUUGCCAGGACAUGGACGCAACAAAGUUUGAUCUUCUCACGAUUGAACCUGGGCCCUUCUGUGGGAAGCUGACCUACACUCAGCACUUUCAACCAAACAGUGCCGCGAGCAUUGGCAGCUUGCAGAUCAAGCCCGGGCAAGUUGCGAACCUCACUUGUGUCCUCUUCCCCCUUGGCAAUAGCAAAUAUUAUUCGGACACUGACGGGUGGACGACGGCCAAAACAGCAACAGUUGACGUCAUGGCAAAGAAUUCGAAGAACGGCGAGAGUGGGACCAUCAAAGAUGUUCCGCUCGGAUCCUUGAGGUAUCGCCAGGAUAAGGAAGAUGGACAGUUCAAGGUGGAGGCCGGCGCUUGCGCACAGGCAGUGAAGGAGAUCUUCAACUGGCAGUUGAAGCUCGUGAAUUCCAGCCAGAAUGUGCAUCAGGUUCUGUUCACCAGCCAACCAACAAAACCGACUGAUCAGGUAUUUCCUCCUGUCAAGGUCAAAGAUACCUUGCCCUCUGAGGUCACAGGUUGCCUGAAGGAUGUGGGUUAUUAUGACCUUCAUGAAUCCGUUAUUCAAGCCAUCAUCCCCAAGGGCCGGGGAGAAUGGGGCAAGUUGGUGAAGAUCAUCGACCUCGAGCGUCUUCCAAAAGAUCACAGGGAACCCGAAAAAACAUGAGGAGCUGGUGAAGGUCAUGGUGGACGCUUCGCAGCUGCCCAAGGGCACUGAAAACCUCAAGGUCUUGUUCAACUUUGGGCUCCCGGGACCUGGACCCUCCAAUUGGGACGGUUUACAAAAUCUUCUGCUGCCGGUGGACGAUCCGACCAUACCAGACAGAGACACGACUUCCACAUCUGACCAACCGGAGCAGCCUGAUCAGCCUGAUCAACCAGAUCAACCGGUUGAACCUGAUCAACCAGAUCAACCGGAUCAACCGGAUCCCAAGCAGAAGUCCAGUAGUUUGGUCCCUUGGACCUGGAUCCUCGCGUGCAUCCUGCUGGUGGGUUUAGGGACCGGUGGCUUCCUCUACCGGAGGCAUCGGUUGAUCCAAGCCACGCGCGGGCGCGAGGUGCUGCCUUGAUUUGGUUUCUGCAAGCUCAGGGGUAUAGCACGCCAGCAGCCUGCUGUCCAAAGAUGUAAUAAUUGUACGUUGAUGUGCGUGAGUCAAAGA